AUGACAAAUGCAAACGGACCGGUUGCGUUUGCCCGUCGCUUACUGAUGACGUCACUGAUCUGCGUUCCAUUCCUGCGGUCUGGCUGGUCUGGCUUUGCUGGACACCUGAGCAAUUAUUGACAUUUAUUUCACGCCAUGUCAUCUCUUCUAAAGGUCGACAGCGAGCUGAAAACCAAGGUGGAAGCAUUCAGGGAGCAGAUCACCAGUGAGGCCGAGCACCUGGUCGCCAGCUUUUUCCCUCAAAAACUUCUAGAGUUGGAUCACUUUCUCAAGGAGCCGAUUCUCAACGUGUCUGACCUGAAAGAAAUACAUUCAGAGAUCAAGUUCAAAGUUCCAGACUCGAUUCUCUUCACUAACAGCUAUGAUGGCGUGGACAUGGAUACCAAGAAAAGGAAACUAGAAGAAGGAGUCCCUGAUCAGAGCAGGCAAGGGGAAGUAAAAACACUGAUGAUGCCAGAUGGCAUGAUGAAAUGUAACACCAGGCUGAUGGACCUGAUUGAACGAGUCAAACCAGAGAUAAGGACGUUGAUUGAGAAGUGUAACACUGUUAAGAUGUGGGUCCAGCUGCUCAUUCCAAGAAUAGAAGACGGAAACAACUUUGGAGUCUCCAUACAGGAAGAGACGGUGGCAGAGCUGAGGACGGUGGAGUCGGAGGCAGCAUCUUACUUGGACCAGAUCUCCAGAUAUUACACCACCAGAGCCAAGCUUGUCUCCAAAAUCGCCAAGUACCUUCACGUGGAGGACUACAGAAGGACAGUAUCAGAGAUUGAUGAGAAGGAGUACAUCAGUUUGAAGAUCAUUGUUUCAGAGCUCAGGAAUCAAUAUGUGACUCUCCAUGAUAUGAUCCUGAAGAACAUUGAGAAGAUUAAGAAACCCAGAAGCAGCAACUCUGAAGCUCUUUACUGACAACCCCUAUAAAAACACACACUGACACACAACAUCAGCUGUUGGUCUAAUGUUGACCAAUAAUUCCCAGCAUGUGUUUUGUAGUACCUGAUGGUUUUAGGUUUUACAACCUCAGGACAAUCCAUGAAGUAUCAAAUAAGCUGCUGCUUUUGGAAAAGUGUGCUUAUAUUCAGUAUUGAAUACUUUAACAUAAAUGGUGCUCACUGUUGUAUAUAAAACCCCCCAGCCACCUGGGUCUCACCCACACUGACACACACAUUUCAACUACUCCCCUGUGAGCUGUCCAGAGCUGUGGUUGGCAUCCUCCUCCAUUUUUGGUUUAGGUGUUAUUCUACAGUCACCAACAUGCUCUCUGGAACCUGACAUCAGACUCCUUGCACAUAAGUAUCCUGACAUAGCACUGCUGUUACAAAGUCCACAUACAUGGCCUGCCUUGCCUGAACUUAAGAGGUUCCAGCUGCUUUCUCUCCCUGUCUGGUUGUCUGGAGUUUUGGUCUUCUGGAUGCUAUGCCUUCCAGGAUUUAUCAGCAGUUUUUAAAUGGUUGUCCUUUUUUUCCUUGUUUUCAUUUUUAGCUCUCUGUUGCCUUACCCACCCAAGCAAAGUUCCCUUUGUUCAGUAAUUGUCCCAGCCCCUUAAACUUUUUGUGCAUAUCACAGUUCUGGGGAAAAAUAUGGGAUUUCACAGUGCAACUCUACUUAAUCCUCUCAUGUUUGGACUUAAACUGGAAAGGGACCUUUUGCUCAAAUAUGAUACAGACAAUGUCACUCAGUGCUUCAGAAAGCAGCUGUAAUUCUUCAGACAUAACAAAAAAUUUUUGGGAGUAUUUUUGUUAUUGACAUAAAGAUCCUUCUCCCCCGACUCGCUUUUUUUUUUAAUGUCUUGUGCUUGUAUUUUUGCCUGACCUCCCAUUACAGGGAUGUGUGGUACUUAAGGAGUGGCACUUUAUGUCCAAAGAAAAUAAAUUCAUCCUCAAUAAUGUGCCCCCACUUAUCCGUGUUUAGUGAUCAAGCAGGCUUAAACUGGAACUAAAAAAAAUCUUAUUGUUUCAUCAGGUUUAGUGAGUCUUAUUUGAGCAUAGCUCUACCUAACUUCAACCUGAGCAGAGCUCUGAUUAGUUAAAAUAAGUGAUAGCACCUGCUUGGGUGUGCGGGGCCUUUAAGUUUGCAUGCAUGUAGGCUAGGGCUGUCACUUGUUCAAAACAUAAUUUCUAUGAGGACCAGGGCAAGACUGAUUUGCUGCUGGCCGUGAAUUGACCCCGCCUUAAUUUUCAUUGAACUUGAGUUAAUUCUGACACACAAAAUCUGGAGUCUUCUGAACAAGACGAUCAGUUUUCGCCAGAUUAAUUGUGCCGUGCAGGAUAAAGACUGACAGAGGUUGUUUUGUAUUUUAUUUAUUAUUCAGCUCAAGAUCGGAUAAUGCAGCCCGAUACUUUGAAAACCUUGUGAAACUUGGCAGUAGUAUGGAAAAUGACAAAUUGAAGUAAGGGACCAUCUUCAAAGUGUAUGCAAAAUGUGGCUUUAUCCAGCUCUUUUAUUUAAAUUUUAAGUUUUUAAGCAAACAAUUAAAGGAACAGACCUGCAGUCCUAACCUGCACUUCAAAAUCAAGUUUGAACAAAUUCACACUUACUCAUAAUUCAUUCUGACAAAUUCAAAUGCAGCCUGUGUAGCCUUUACUAAAAUACAUUGUGGCCGCGGUCACACCAGAUUUCACUCCCAUUCAUUUCUAUGAAGAACAGGGUAAGAUGUUUUCUCUAAUCAUCAUCAUUUGAUCAGGUCUCAUUUGGCAUGUGCUCAGUUCAAUCCAAUUAAUCUCUAACACAAAAAAUCUUGAUUCUCUCAAGUGUCUAGCCAGUUUGAGAGACGAAGUGGGAUUGACCUCAUUCAGGGGAUGCUGAUUGUUUAUACCGUUUCCUUGUUUGUAUAACUGUAUGGCGAAGGGACAUUAACAGAGAGUAAUGACAAAGUGUUUGAUAAGAUGCUGUAUAAUAUUCAAGUAGUGGAAUGCUGCUGUUAACCAGCUACUCAAGCUGAUCCUUUUACGUUAUGCUACUCCUACUCCUUUCCCACCAGCCUUUGCCACAGUAUGUGUUUGUUUCAUUAGCUAUGCCUCCACUGCCUCACUUCCGUGACAGACUAUAAUAACAAGGCUGUUGCAUUUUGGUCAGCAAAAAACCCUUCCAGAGUACAUGGCACGACCUGUUGCAGUAAUAAACUGGAAAUUUUCAAUUUGAACAGAACAAGUAUUUAAAGAAUGGGAUCACAUGUUUUUGAAGAUUCUUUUUGCAUGGGACUUGCCCACACGUACACUGAAACAAUUAUUGGCUGCUCUAAUUGUUCCUGUUGUCUCUUCUGGCUAUGAGAACCAUUCACAAUAAAAUUCCAAUGUAAGUGAUGAGUUUAAGAUAAUAUGAGGCUUCAGGAGUCUGAAUUAGACAAAUUAAGUGUGUAUCUGCUAAAAAUACAGGAUUUUGGUCUGAAAAUGUGAAAUUCCCUGACAGACUGUUUCCCUAGAGUGAUGUUUUUAUCUCUUGAGAGUUGACUUUUCAGCCUGCUGUUAAUGUCCCAUAAGGCAAAGUCAACAACAAAUUUUUGAUACAAAUUUGUGGAGUCAUUAUUCUGGCUGUCAUCCAAUUGACACAGUUGGCCUCAAAUUCACUCCCAGUGUUGGGGAAGCUACUUUGAAAGAAUAGUUCAAAGCAUAGUUCAAACUACCUUGUUAAAAAAAAAGAUCAAAUUGACAAUGUACAUGUUUUACGAAAUUAAAGAAAAAUAGAACACAAAAAAGUCACAAACCAGCAAAAAAUGCCACUCAGUUGAGUUUAUUGCAAAAAGUGCCUACUUUUGAAAAUAUCAACUCAGAUGAUUCAGUCACUCUCAUGUAAUGUCCAUCAGUCAGACACCUGCCUUUCAGAAAAUAGACUCCAGUUGGGGGAAUUGCACAUAGCAGGAUUACUCAGUUAUGCGUUCUUAGAUGUGUGUUUGACAUCUUUGUAGUAGGGAGUGUACUUACUCUUGGUUUGCAUAGCUCACAAGUAAAAAGGUAGAUUUUCUCGGUGGAGCUAGUCAAUGGCAUGUAUUUGCUUAAAUUGGCAUGAAAAGUGUUGGCCACCCAUGGUCACAUUUUCUGUUACUGUGGAUAGUUACGUGAGUAGAAGAUGGACUGAUCUCCAAAAGGCAUAAAGUUA